AUGUCCCAACCGAAUCCAGAUCUUGAAUGGAGAUUCGGUUCUCGCGUAUCGCCACCACAACUUCAAACUGAACAGAUUUCUAAGCAAAAACCAUCAUUUAGGUCUUAUCCAUCGCCGUACAAGUCUGCUGUUGUUAGUGUUCAUCCACCAAAAAAUCGCCGACGACGAGGUGUAAACAAACCGGAGAAAUUCAUCCAUGGAGAUGCAAAACGACUUCGAUCGGCUUAUGUUUUUCGAACAUGUCGCCGGAGUGCUGAAGUCACCUACGAGAAAAACCCUCUGGAUACCGAGAACUUAACUAGAUGGGGAGGUGCGUUGCUUGAACUGUCCACGUUCCAGAGUGUUCAGGAAUCAAAGUUGAUGAUCAAAGAUGCGAUAUCGAAGUUGGAUGAAGCAUUGGCGAUUUAUCCGAAGAAACAAGAUGCUUUGUGGUGUAUGGGGAAUGCCCAAACUUCUUAUGCUUUUUUGACUCCGGAUAAAGAUGAAGCAAAGGGUUAUUUUGAUUCAGCUUAUGAUUUCUUUGAGCAAGCUGUUAACGAGGUAUUUGGUGUAAUCUUGUAUAUGUAUUAAUUCACAACAUAACUG